AUGUCCAGUUCUAAGAAGACCAAGUAUCUCUGCGAGGAUCUUUGUGGACAGGAGGGUUCUCGAGCAGGCAAGGCCAUGUCAAGGCUUAAACGAGUGCUAAGAGGAUACGAUUUCAAAAAGUAUAUAUUCAUCUGCAUUCUCUUGCCAAUCUCCAUCUUCGGCAUGUAUCUACACGGCCAGAAGAUCACAUACUUCUUAAGACCUCUCUGGGAGUCGCCUCCGAAACCAUUCAACAUCCUUCCGCAUUACUACCACCCCAACACUUCCAUGGAAACGCUCUGCAGUCUUCACGGCUGGAAAAGCAGAGAAUCUCCGAGAAGAGUCUUUGACGCUGCCCUGUUCAGCAACGAGAUCGACAUGCUCACUCUCCGUUGGAACGAGUUAAACCCUUACAUCACGCAGUUCGUGCUUCUCGAAUCAAAUUCAACUUUCACCGGACUCUCAAAGCCCUUGGCUUUCGCGGAGAACAGGGACAAGAAGUUCAAAUUCGUGGAGCCAAGGCUGACUUACGGGAACGUUGGUGGAAGAUUCAAGAAAGGAGAAAACCCCUUCGUGGAAGAAUCCUUCCAAAGGCUUGCCCUCGACCAGCUGAUCAAACUCGCGGGUAUCAAAGAAGACGAUCUUCUGAUUAUGUCUGAUGUGGACGAGAUCCCCAGCGGUCACACCAUCGAUCUGCUUAGAUGGUGCGACGGAUACCCACCGAUUCUGCAUCUUCAGCUCAGAAACUAUCUCUACUCGUAUGAGUACUUUGUCGACAGCAAAAGCUGGCGAGCUUCCAUACAUCUCUACAAGCCUGGCAAAACUCGGUACGCUCAUUUCAGGCAAAGCGACCUUCUACUGGCGGACUCAGGAUGGCACUGCAGCUUCUGUUUCAGAUACAUCAGUGACUUUGUCUUCAAGAUGAAAGCUUACAGCCAUACCGACCGGGUUAGGUUCUUGCAUUAUCUCAACCCAAAGCGAAUCCAAGAUGUCAUCUGCAAAGGAACUGAUCUUUACGAUAUGCUUCCUGAAGAACACACUUUCAGAGAGAUCAUUGGCAAACUCGGUCCCAUUCCACGAUCUUACUCAGCUGUUCAUCUCCCUCGACAUCUCAUCCAGAAUGCUGAUGCUUACAGCUAUUUGCUACCUGGCAACUGCAAACGACAAACAGGCUGA